AUGUUCGAGCGCUCUCUCGACAUCCUCAAGGCUUUUGUAUCAAUUUUCAAACUUUCGAGUGACAGCCAAACGUUAAAAUUUCCCCUACUGAACAGCUUACUGAACAAGACUAAAAUGAUCGAAGACGAAUACGUCUCCCAGCUCGCCGAACGCAUACGCCGACAGCGCAUCGCGUCCUCGUCGAAACCAGUGUUACCGCUUCUGUUACAUUCUUCUUCUUCUUCUUCUUCUUCAUCUCUUAAUAAUCAAAAUCAAAAUCGAAAGCUCGACGUCUUAAAAUGGCGCCGGGAAAAAGAAUUGAAUUCGAAACGAAACGAAGAGUUGCGGAUGAAGAGAGAGCAGGAGCAAACGAAGGCGGCGAAAGAAAAGGAGAGGAAAGACCGAAAAGCGAGGAAGGCACGAAUUUCAGAGCGCGAAGAAGAGAGGAAAAGGAGGAAUUCCGAGAGGGAGAGAAAUUCUUCGUUGGAAGCGAUGAAGAGUAAAAGUUCUCACAAAAUCUGUUCGCCUUUGGAAGCGCUGGCGAGAAGGCGACGCGAUAUGGAUUUUGCGAGGCACAGGUACGAGAUGAAAACGAAAGAAGCGAAGGAAAAAGAGGAGCGAGAGGCACGAAUCGCGCGAGCGGCGGAAAAGUUUCGGCCGAAAGUGUUCGGGAGUUCCGUGUUAAGAGCGGAGACUAUUUGUAGUCGAGAGCGGAUGAAGGCGAGAGCGGACGCGAAUGAAGCGGCGAGAGCCAAGGCGGAGAGUUGGUUUUUGCCGAUGAAUAGCGUGAUAAAAUGA